GUUUUGUUCCGGUUGUCUCAUAGUAGCCCCGACUCUGCUCUCGGUUGACUUCCUUCAAGUUCUUGAAAGAGCUUGUCAACUCAUAACUGCCACUAACAGGGGAGCUGAAAAGAGGAUGAGCUUCUUGAAAGAGCUCUCAGAAGUCAGAAAACUACCAUGUAUCAGGCGGCAACACUUUGGGAAAAGAAGCCGACAAUGGGCAAAUGAGCAAGGUUGCUAGCUGGAAAAGGAGCUUGCCGAUACUCAAAUGUAAAAGCUGGUAAAUUCAUCGGUCAGGUUGCUUCAAGUUUAAUCAUUUUUAGUUCAGUUUUCCUUAUCCAACUCCGAUUCCCAUGGCUUCCUCUCCAUCAUCUACUCCCAGUAUCAUCGUUAGUCAUCUGAUCGCCACCAGCAUUAAUGACCUGCCGGACGUGAUCCUCUCCAACGUCAUCGCCGCCAUUACCGACGUCCGCGCCCGCAACUCCGCCGCUCUCGUCUGCCGGAAAUGGCUCGUCCUCGAACGCUCCACACGCGCCUCCCUCACCCUCCGCGGCAACGUCCGAGAUCUAAUCAUGCUUCCCACCUGCUUCAGAUCCGUGACUCACCUCGAUCUGUCCCUUCUCUCUCCCUGGGGCCACCCCCUCCUAUCUCCGGCUACCUCCGAGGCCGCCAUUGACACAGAUCCAACCCUAAUCGCCCACCUCCUUCUCCACGCCUUUCCCUCGAUCAAUUCCCUGAAGCUUUAUGCUCGCAACCUUUCCUCACUCCAGCCAUUGGCCUCACAGUGGCCGCAGCUAGGGAAAGUCACGCUGGUUCGGUGGCACCAGCGGCCACAGCUGUCGUCCGGCGAGGAAUUCAGCUCCUUCUUCAGCGAAUGCUCGAAUCUGGUCUCCCUCGACUUGUCUGCUUUCUAUUGCUGGACCGAUGACAUUCCUCCUUCUCUGGAAUCUCACCCCCGAGUUUCAGAGAAUAUCACCACCCUCAAUCUCCUAAAUCCUUCGUUUUCAGAGGGGUUCAAGUCAGAUGAGAUCACUGCAAUUGCAAAAUCAUGUCCCAAUUUGAAGGAAUUUCGGGCAGCUUGUAUGUUCGACCCCAGAUACAUAGGCUAUGUUGGAGAUGAAGCUCUGAUCUCAAUAGCCACUAAGUGCCCGAACCUCGCUGUGCUUCAUUUAGCUGACACCUCUGCUCUGUGCAGCACAAGAGGCGAUCCUUCUGAUGACGGGUUCACCAACGAGCAAGCAAGGAUCAACAUUCCCACUUUGAUUGAGGUAUUCUCCAGUCUUUCCUUACUAGAAGAACUUGCUUUGGAUUUGUGUAACAGUGUUAGAGACAGUGGUCCUGCGUUUGAAAUCCUGGGCUCGAAAUGUCCAAGAUUGAAAUCCCUUAAAUUAGGGCAAUUCCACGGUGUUUCCAUUCCGGUGGAGUGGAAGUUGGAUGGAGUUGCCCUCUGUCACCGGCUGAGGUCUCUAUCAAUCAGGAGUCCGGGAGACUUGGACGAUAUUGGACUGAUAGCCAUCGGCAGAGGGUGUUCCAGGCUUUCUAGGUUUGAGAUUCAAGGUUGCAAGAAAAUAACAAUGAAGGGGAUGAGAACUGUGGCUAGCUUGCUAAGAAAGACUUUGGUAGAUGUCAAGAUCUCUUGCUGCAAGAAUCUCAGUGCACGGGCGUCUUUGAAGGCUCUAGAACCAAUAGAAGAUACCAUUCAAAGGCUUCACAUUGAUUGCGUUUGGGACAGUGUAGAGGAAUUACCAGAUUGUUCUAAUGGUGGUGGUUUGGAGUUCAAUUUGAGAGGUACCCAUGGUGAUGGUGAUGGUGAUGGUGAUGGUGAUGGUGAUGGUGAUGGUGAUGGUGAUGGUGAUGGUGAUGAAGAUGAAGAACUGUGCAAUAGAAAGAAAAAGGUCAAGUAUUCAUAUGACCUGAAUCGUCUGUACGAGGAAAUGAAUGGUCAUGGAAAGACGUGGGACAAGCUGAGCUAUCUCUCCCUCUGGAUUGGUGUUGGGGAUCUUCUCACUCCUCUACCCGAUGCCGGUCUAGAGAAUUGUCCAAACUUAGAGGAGAUGAGGAUUAAGGUGGAAGGAGAUGGCAGGCUACUAUCCAAACCUUCGAAUCGCGAAUUUGGCUUGACAACUCUAUUGUGCUAUCCAAAGCUCUCAAAGAUGCAUUUAGAUUGUGGAGACGUGAUAGGGUACGCGCACACUGCGCCAGCAGGGCAUAUGGAUCUGAGCUUAUGGGAACGGUUUUACCUGAUGGGGAUUGGGAAUUUGAGACUAAGCCAACUCGAUUAUUGGCCAGCACAGGACAGAGAUGUCAACCAGAGGAGUCUAACCCUACCAGCAGCCGGCUUGAUCCAGCAAUGCCUCACCUUGAGGAAGCUUUUCAUUCAUGGAACAACUCACGAACACUUUUUGAGGUUCUUUCUCCACACCCCACACCUUAGAGAUGUGCAGCUGAGAGAGGAUUACUACCCAGCACCAGAGAGCGACAUGAGCACAGAGAUUAGAGAAGAUUCUUUGAGUCGGUUCGAAGCAGAACUCAACAGACGCCAAAUCUCAGACUGAUUGUUUUGCUGUUUUUGUUCAUACGAAUUGAAUGAUAAUUUAGUAAUGCACACUUUCUGAAUUUUGAUUUGGCAAUGGACAAGCCAUGAGUGGUUUAUAUAAUGAU